GCACAGGCAGCAGCUCCGUCUGGAAAGUCAAGCACAUAAUGGCAGCGCCGAAGAAGGUCUGUGUGAUCGGCUCUGGUAACUGGGGCUCUGCCAUUGCCAAGAUUGUGGGCGCCAACGCAGCCAAGUAUGACAAGUUCGACACCACAGUGAACAUGUGGGUGUUUGAAGAGACGGUGAAUGGCCGUAAACUCACAGAUAUCAUCAACACGGACCAUGAAAAUGUGAAAUAUCUGCCCGGCCACAAGCUGCCCCCCAAUGUGUUGGCCGUUCCAGACUUGGCCGAGUCUGUGAAAGGAGCCGACAUCCUGAUCUUCGUGGUGCCUCACCAGUUCAUUGUGAGAUUGUGUGACACCAUUAAAGACCACAUCAAGAAGGAUGCUGUGGGAAUGUCUCUCAUCAAGGGUGUGGAUGCGAGUCCAGAGGGCCUGAAGCUGAUCUCUGAGGUCAUCCGAGGGAAGCUGGGCAUCACUAUGACCGUCCUCAUGGGAGCAAACAUCGCCAACGAGGUCGCCGAGGAGAAGUUUUGUGAAACAACAAUCGGGUGCAAAGACAAGGCUUUCGGGCCCAUGCUGAAGGAGCUGAUGCAGACCACCAACUUCCGUGUGACUGUGGUGGAGGAGUCUGACGUGGUGGAGAUCUGCGGGGCGCUCAAGAACAUUGUAGCAGUGGGAGCAGGUUUCUGUGAUGGCCUGGGCUUCGGCGACAACACCAAGGCGGCCGUGAUCCGUCUCGGCCUGAUGGAGAUGAUCGCCUUCGCCAGGGUCUUCUGCACAAACUGCCAGGUCUCCUCCGUCACCUUCCUGGAGAGCUGCGGCAUCGCUGACCUCAUCACGACCUGCUACGGCGGACGCAACCGCAAGAUCGGGGAGGCCUUCGCCAAAACAGGCAAAACCAUUGAGCAGUUAGAAAACGAGCUGCUCAACGGUCAGAAGCUUCAAGGUCCAGCGACUGCAUUCGAGGUCCAUCAAAUCUUGAAACAUAAAAACAUGGUGGAAAAGUUUCCCCUUUUCACCGCUGUUCACCAGAUCUGCUUCGACGGCCACUCAGUCACAGAUUUCAUCAAGUGUUUGCAGGACCACCCAGAGCACAUGUGAAGGAUUAGAGACUGAGGAGCGGGUGGAAGUUGGGAAAGGACUCCCUCUAGAACUACUGUGUAACCCAGGUGGUUGUAGGGAGGAAGGUUAGGUGAAGACUGUGCCUAAUCCGGACUACUUUCAUGUUUGAAUCUCAAACAACAAAGACAACAACAACAAAAAACAGAGUUGCCUUCUCUACUCCUACUUUCUUGCCUUUCAUUACAACACUGACAGAAGCACUGACUUCUGUUUAGACUUAUUAGAAACAUACAAAUUGUUGCAUUAAAUUUAGUCUUAAAAGUUUUACGAAUUUACACAAUGCUCAAACCCCGACCUGAGUGUUGUCUGGUUAAAAGCCUUAACGUGCCUUUUUCACGGACAUGUUUGUUUUCCGAUGCUUAACAAAGCACUGAACACAGUUCCAACUGCCGCUGUGUUGUUUCUUUUCUUCUGGACUUAUGAUGAUUUAUUUUGGAAUAAACUAUUGAGCUCGUUGA